CACAACAUAAUUAACGUGAACACAAAUCUGCCCAACAACACCGACACGUCGUCGAAGGCGUUUUAGUUUAAUGCCUCCGUGUCUCUGUAGACAGAUGGAACAGUGAAGGUGAGAAUAACAGCAGCAGGAAUGCGGCUCCUCCGUCAGACGUGACGUCACUGCUCCGCAAAAACUUCACUCGCCACAAAGUUUCUCUCAGCAGAAGAAGAAGAAAAAAAAAGAAAAGAAAAGAGAAAAGAAAAAAACCCUCAGUGAACCCAGAAAGAAACUCAAGCCUCCGUCGGCCCGAGGAAUGUGCGGACAUCGGCUCUUCGGCACCGCGUCCCGCCGUCGAGAUGUUCGUACCGCGGCUCCGUGUCGUGGACUCCGUGGCGCUCGUGGCGGCUGUUUGUGCGGCGGCGCUGCUGGCGAGAAGCUGCGUGCGCGUCGCGGCCGACGAGGAGGACGACGAGGUCCUGGAGAAGAAGCAGCUCGCGGACUUCUACGCGAAGGGUGUGUUCAUCCUGGAGAGCGAGCCGCUGAAGCGCUGCGUCACGGUGGACCGCUCCAACCUGGUGCUGGAGGACUGCGAGCGGCCCACGCGCCGCAUGCUGUGGAAGUGGGUCUCCCGACACCGCCUCUUCAAUCUGGGCACCAGCUCGUGCCUGGGCCUCAACGUCUCUGACACCACGCAGCCUCUCGGCACGUUCGAGUGCGACACGGCGCUCCCCGUGCUGUGGUGGCGCUGCAGCGGAAACGGACUGUACGGGGCGUCCCACUGGAAGGUGUCCGUGGCCGGACGUUUGGUGGUGGUGAAGAAAAACUCCUACCACGGGUGGAAACGGUACAACACGCCCGGAGAGGGGCCGUGCUCUUAUCCCUAUGAAGAUGUACACACGCUGUUGGGAAACGCACACGGCAUGCCCUGCUCUCUGCCCUUUAAAUACAACAACAAAUGGUACUCUGAGUGCACGACGGAGGGGCGCGAGGACCACCUGCCCUGGUGUUCCACCACCACUCGCUACGACGAGGCCGAGAAAUGGGGCUUCUGUCCGGUACACGAUUCCAGUUGCGACCAUUUCUGGGAGUCAAACCAGGAGCUGCGUGCGUGUUACCAGUUCAACCUGCACACCAUCCUGACCUGGAGUCAGGCGCUGUUAACCUGCCAGGCGCAAGGGGGAAAUCUGCUCAGCGUCACCAGCCUGGCUGAGCAGAGGUACAUCCGAGAUCGACUUUCGAGUGUCGGGGCGAUGGUGUGGAUCGGGCUGAACCACCUGAAGGAUGGACGGGGGUGGCAGUGGUCUGAUGGAGCACCUCUCUCACUGGUCAAUCUGCUCACAGCUCUGCCGGCCAGCCCCCUGCAGGACAACAGGCAGUGUGGAGUGUACAACUACGAGGGCAUCUGGCAUGGUGCGUCCUGUGAGUCGGCUCGGCCCUACAUCUGUAAGAAGACGCCCAAUGACACCCGCAGAGCAGAGCCACUGGAGAACUGGCAGUAUGUCCGCACAGAGUGCGCUGACGGCUGGUGGCCACAUAAUGGAGUCUGCUAUCGGCUGCUGGCGGACACGGAGACGGGAACCUGGGGGGAGGCUUCCGAUGCCUGUCGCUCUCGGGGGGCAAACCUCACCAGCGUCCACUCCCUGUCCGAGGUGGAGAUGCUGCUCAAGCUGCUGACUAACUUGUCCGGGGAGAGUGGGGAGGUGUGGAUCGGCCUCUGGAAGCCGCCGUUGUCACCGAGCGUAGUGUGGUCGGAUGGCUCACCAGUAACUCUCACUUUCUGGCACCAGUAUCACCCUCCUCACAACAUGACGGAUGCAGCACUCUGUGUUAAAGCUGACAGGAAGGAAGGUAACUGGCUUUUUGCGGCGUGUGAUGAGCGACUGCCCGCUGUGUGCAGCAGAGAGAGCCAGAAAGCCGCUCGUCAGCCCGGAGCCCCGGACGAGGAAUGUCCCGAGGGCUGGAAGCGACAUGGCCACUCCUGCUACACCGUGACUAGCCAUGAACAGAGCUAUGAAGAUGCUCGGAUGGGAUAUUACUGCACCGCUCCUCUCCUCACGGUGGAAAACAGGUUUGAGCAGGCGUUCGUCAACAGUUUGCUGAGUGAGAGAGGGGCCGACGGCAGCCGGUAUUACUGGAUCGGCCUCAUGGACGUGGAGAGGAGGGGAGAGUACAGCUGGCUUCUUCCCAAUAGCUCCUCGCGGCCCCUUACCUUCACAAACUGGAACAAACACCAGCCAGUCAGCUCCGGUGGCUGUGUUGCCAUGUCCGGCGGCAGUGCGUUGGGUCACUGGGAAGUCAAAGACUGCAAGUUGCACAAGGCCUCGUCUGUGUGCAAGCAGAGCAUCAGCAGCUACCACGACGUCCAGUCGCCAGAGCACCACAUUGACAGCUCCGCCCCCUGUCCUCCAGGGUGGGAAUCACACUCUGGGAUGCUCUACUGUUUCAAGGUGUUCCACAAUGAGAAAGUCCUGAUGAAGCGUUCCUGGGUGGAAGCGGACUUCUUCUGCCAGGCCCUCGGGGCUCAGCUGGCCAGUUUCUACCACUAUGAGGAGCAGGUGUUUGUUAAGCAGCUGCUCAGUACCAUGUUUGACGGAACAGAGGGCCGCUGGUUCUGGGUGGGUUUGAAUAAAAGAGACCCUGAAUAUCCCGGCGCCUGGGAGUGGUCUGAUGGUUCUCCCGUGGUGACCUCCUUCAUAGAGGAUAAGAACGAGGAGGAUGACCGGAGGGACUGUGCCGUGUACAGCGACCUGACCAACGCCAUCAUGCCGCUGCCCUGCGACACACAGCACGAGUGGAUCUGCAAGCUGUCCAGAGGUGACCAACUGAAAAAACCCUACUGGUACACGGAGCAGAGCGAGCCCUGGGUCUUUUACCGCGGAGCCGAGUACCUGCUGGCGAAGCAGCCCUUCGACUGGGACGCCGUCUCGCUGGCCUGUCAGAUGAUGGGAGCGCACCUGCUGUCCAUUCACUCCAGAGAGGAGAUGCACUUUCUCAAGGAGCGCUUGCAGCGGCUGUCCCCGGGCCCGACAGACUGGUGGAUUGGCCUGUCCGUCGGGCAGACUGGAGACGAUGCCAGUUGGAGCGACAGGACGCGGGUAGACUUUGAGAACUGGGCAGAGAGGAGUGCUGCCGGUGGCCCGAGGAGGGACAAUGUGUGUGUCACCAUGUCCUCUAAGUCAGGGAAGUGGUCGGCGAGUAAAUGCAGCGAUCGCCACGGCUACGUAUGCAAGAGAAAGACGGUGUCGGUGGUGGAGGCUCCCAGGGAGCCGCACUACAUCGGAGGAUGUCCGGAGCAAUGGCUCUACUUUGGACACAAGUGUCUCCUGCUUCACAUCCCUGCUGGCCCGCAGGAGGGGAAGAGCUGGAACGACGCCCAGUUUAUCUGCGCCUCCUUCGCCGGCUCGCUGGUUGCCGUGGAGGACGAGAUUGAACAAGCCUACAUCACAAUGCUGCUGCAGGGCAGCUCUGUAGGUGUGUGGAUUGGUCUGCGGGAUGAGGACACCAUGAGAUGGACCAAUGGGAAAUCCGUCAGCUACACCAACUGGUCUCCAAUUGGACCAAAGAGCUACUUCACCGAGGAUGAUUUGGCCAGUGAGUUGUCCGAUGAGCCGCUGUGCACGGUUCUAUCCAACAAUCACAACUUCCACCUGACAGGGAAGUGGUACGACGAGAAGUGCAGCGAGAGCGGCUACGGCUUUGUUUGUCAGAAGCCUCAAGACAUAUCCAAACCCCCCACCCACUCCUAUCACCACCCUCUCCCUGACAAUAUUGAGUACAGGAGCCGCAGCUACAAGGUUGUGUCUGGCAACAUGAGCUGGUACGAGGCGAUGCAUAUGUGCAUAGAGAAUGAUUCUGACCUAGCGAGCGUUACCGAUGCAUACCACCAGGCUUUCCUUACUGUCCUUGUCAAUAGAUUGGCAGUCUCCCACUGGAUCGGACUGUAUAGUCAAGACAGUGGCAUCAAUUACCAGUGGUCAGAUGGCAGCGACACGGUGUACACGCACUGGGACGCGGACGAUGACGACGUUGUGGGGGCAGAGUGCGUGUACAUGGACGUGAGCGGAGGCUGGCGGAGAGCUGACUGUGAAACUCAGCUUCCAGGAGCCCUGUGUCAUGUUCCUCCACCAAGCAAUGAACCAUUCAUCGCAGGCGAGGUCGCGUGUCCCUCCACGUGGGUGAAAUUCAGGCACGCCUGUUACGACUUUGAGCCGGUGGUGCAGAAACUUACAUUCGAAGAGUCACGAGAACACUGUAGGCAGAAAGUAAACACCUCGGAUGUGCUGACCCUCGCGAGCGAGACAGAGAAUCGUUUUGUCCUGGAGCAGCUGUGGUCGUCGGGGUUCCUUCACCACUCUGUGUGGUUGGGCAUGUACUUCAACACUGACACUGACUCCAUGGCCUGGGUGGACGGUUCACCGAUGGACUACGUCAACUGGCCCGACCCCGCCCCGGACUCCCGGCUGCUGGCCGCAGACUCCUGUGUGACCACCAGGGUGGAUGACGGCGCGUGGCACCUGUCGCAGUGCGCCGACCGGCUCGGCUUCGUCUGCAAAGCCACCUCGGAUGCUACUGCCGAGGUGGAAGUGGAACCUCUGAAUGGCCUCCACCACGGCGUCAUCCCCGCCGCGGUGCUGGUAGCCGUGCUGAUCUUCGCCCUGGUGGCCGGAGCCACGUGGUUCGCGUACAAGAGGAACGCUUCGCGCUUCCGCCGGCUUCCCGCGCUCGGCAGCGCUUACUACAGACAGACCCGCUCGCAGGACGCGGAGUCGGACGGGAACGUGCUGAUCGCACACCUGGAGGCUCACUCGGGGGAGUAGCGCUCAGCGAUGGCUUCCGAGGUCUCUUUUAUUCUCCCGUUAUCUGUCGGCCUCUCGCCAUUUUCGCCGUUGGGUACGAACGCCGCCCGACAGCGAGAAGCGUGACGGCUCCUCGGGACGGCGGUGAGACGCGAUGGCGGCAGACGUUUCCCUUUUUUGUAAUCUGAGAAUGUGCUCGGAAGAUCCCGGUCGCACUCAACAGUUUUCAUGCUCUUAAAAACUUGCGAAGAUAAUUGUUGACACUGAAGAGCCCACAUUUGAAUUGUGUCGACUAACAAGGUCCACGUGAUUGGAUUGUUUAAGAAGGGAUGCUAGAGAUUUUUAAAUGUGUUUAAAAGAGUAGCUAAACACUCUGCGCUUUUUUAUAUAUCCAAAUGUUAGUAUUUAAUCAAUUAGUUGGAAAAGGGUAUUUAGGAAAGUAAAGUGGAUAAUAAAGUGCUUUUAUUCCAAACAGGUGGAAAAAGUAUUGAUCUUCUUCAGGGUUUUAAAAGUAAUCCAAAAUAGAAACGACAGUAACAUGUAUGAUGUCAUUCUGUGCAUUUCAUUCAGAAUUUCAGGAGCUGUUGAAGCUGCACAGCAGCAUAGUUAUCAGUAUUACUUUUGUAUUUCUAUUUUUUAAGUACACCGGCUGUAUUUUCAGCAGAGAUGUUUGUUUCAAAAUUCAUUCCCUUGUUCACCUUCGUCUGCUGAUUGCACAACUGUCUUUUGUGUUUCAUUAAAUUGUGGUUAGGCCUAUAAAUUCCAGUUUCAUCACUGAGAGGAAACACUACACAUGACACUUCUCCAAAGAAGAAGGAACUGCUCUGAACGUUUCCCCCUUUCACUGUAUCAAUGACUUCACUUUUCUUUCGUCUUAAGCGCAGCCGCAUGGCCAUAAACCGUUACUUCCCCCUGGAAGACCAAAGGAGUCAUUCAGUAACACUAUCUUACCAUCAUUUAUAGACACACAAGAUCUACGCGACUAGAAGUUUAGAAUAAAGUCCUUCUGGGUACUUGUGUCUUUAAUGGAAGUCUUACCAUGGCUACAAAUGAGCAUAACAAAGGUCAGACAAUCUUUAUUGACCCCACAAUAGCUUGAUAAGUGAGUAAGGUAUUUAUAUGACCAGCAGUUUGACUGAGAACCGGAAUUCUCUUUAGUCCUUUAUGUUUAGUCUGUAAGUAGGACAGUGGACGGUGCAAAGAUAACUGUCAAAUAUAAAUAUUGUACAAAUAAAAUCGGUUGUCUUAA